AAGCAGCCCGCCAAUGAAGCUACCAACUCCUCUCCUUCCUUCGGCUUCCUUUUUAUGUAGAUGUGCCCUGCGACGAUACAGCCAUUGCUGCGUCGUCAUGAAAUCUGGUUGAUUCGUACUUGUCUAGCUAACUAUUCCAACCCCCUCUUUCAGGACACAUAUUUCGGUGGGGUUUUAGUCAGCUGACUUGCAUAGGCGCUGUUGCCUAACCUCUCUUGUUCUUGUCUCCUCACCAUCUCCAUUCAUUUCACGAACAUCAAUCGGAGGAGAGUUUAGCCAAGAGCAUUCGUCGCUGGAUUCGUGCAUAUUCACUCUUCAAUUGAAACUUGACUGGGCCUUUACCUCCACCAUGGCCGACGACAUCGAAACUCACUUCCAGGCGGCCAUCGACGCCGGCAAGAUCAACGGCGCCGUCAUCUGCGCCACCGACGCUGAGGGUCGCUUCGUCUACGACAAGGCGCUCGGAGAGCGCACCCUGUUGUCGGGUGAGAAGCGGCCGCAGCAGCUCGACGACGUGCUAUACCUGGCCUCGGCCACCAAGCUAAUCGCCACCAUCGCCGCCCUGCAGUGCGUCGAGGACGGCCUGCUGACCCUGACCGGCGACCUAUCCUCCAUCGCGCCCGAGCUCGCCGCCAAGCAGGUCAUCACCGGCUUUUCAGAGGACGGUGAAACCCCCCUGCUCGAGCCGCCGGCCCGCCCCAUCACGCUCGAGAUGCUGCUCACGCACAGCUCCGGCAUCACCUACGACUUCAUGAACCCGCUCCUCGCCCAGUGGCGCGAGAAGUUCGACCCUCCGGAAGAAACCACUCUCCGGCCAGUCGAGGAGGCGUUCAGCUACCCUCUCGGCUUCCAGCCCGGCACCAGCUGGAUGUACGGGCCGGGGCUCGACUGGGCCGGUCGCAUCGUGGAGCGGGUGACGGGCGGCACGCUGGGCGAGCACAUGCAGCGGCGCAUCUGCGACCCUCUGGGCAUCACCGACGCGCAGUUCUACCCGGUGACGCGCGAGGACCUGCGCGCGCGCCUCGUCGACCUCAACCCCGACGACCCGGACGCCGGCGGCCGCGCCGUCACCGGCGGCGGCGACAUGAACAAGCGCGCCGGCGGUCACUUUGGCGGCCACGGGCUGUUCAUGCCGGGCGACGAUUACGUCAAGGUUCUGCGCUCGCUGCUGGCCAACGAUGGCAAGCUGCUCAGGCCAGCCACCGUCGACGACAUGUUCGAGCACCACCUCGGCCCCGAGGCGACGGCCGGCCACCAGGCCAUGCUGGCCGGCCCCAUGGGCGUCUUCUUCCGCGUGGGCACCGAGCCUGGAAUGAAGGUGGGCCACGGGAUGGGCGGCUUGGUGAUGCUGGAGGACGUCGAUGGCUGGUACGGCGACCGCACGAUGAGCUGGGGCGGCGGCCUGACGUUGGCCUGGUUCAUCGAUCGCAAGAACGACCUGUGCGGCGUCGGCGCCAUCCAGGCCGCGCUGCCGUCCGAUGGCGACGAGGUGGCUGCGCUGAAGCAGACCUUCCGCCAUGACAUCUACCGGAAGCAUGCCGCGUGGAAGAAGCAGCAGCAUACGUCAUGAUGAUGGAAACAGAACCAUACAACAAAGCUUUCGUUGAUUUGUUUGCUUGGGAUAGUCACAUGUCAAUAGGAAUAAUCUAUAAAUAUAUCUCUCUUUACUCUAAA